UGGAAGUCUAGAAGAAGAGGAGAGUCCAGCUUUGGGGUGCACACAUGGGCUUCCCUACUGCAAAGGGCCCAGCAAAACCCAGCCCCUGGUCCUUCCUGUGGUAAACAGAAGAACAAAAUGGUAACUGUACGGACCAAUAAACAUUUUAAAAUAAGAGGCUUAAUUCUCCCUGUUGAAAAUAAGAGACUUCUCCCCCCACCCCUUUCUUAGAGCACUAACUUCAGAAAACUUGUAAGCUCUUUCUCUGCCUCUUUGAAAUGUGUGUAAGUCUUUUUAGAAGCUAAACCAGCCUCUUGCAGCUUUAGGACCCAGGGAUGUCUCUCCCAAGGCCCUGGGAGCCAUCUCUUCGAAAUGUAAAUAUCAGGAGAGAGAGCACCCCUAUCUCCCCGUUUCUAUGGGAGGGUAAGACCCUAACUGAGGUGGGCUCCUUGCUCCAAGUUGCAAAACUACCUCCUGUCAUAAAGAUACUUUGUUUUUCCUGCAAUUAAGCCUAUUAAUAACACAAAGGAUCACCAGUUACCAUAAAGUUAGGAUGAAUGGUGUGUGACAAAUGGCGCUCUCAAGCCUCUUACUUGAGGACUAGUUACCGUUUAUCUUGAGAACAUGCGUGUAAUGGCUGUAUCUGUUCGGCUCUAUAACAGGGUGAGAUACUUCAUCUUUACAAUCUCUUAGCAGAUGGCCUGUGACGCACAUCACAUUCUGGUAAUCCUUAUUCAAAUAUAACACUGUUUUCUUUCCUCCACUACCUCUGUGGAGAGGUUUUCCUGGGUUAGGAAAUUUUGUUUUUAACUAUAUACCCCAACAUAAUGCAUGUGCUUAAAAAGGAAAAAAAAAAGUGGGAAGGUCUUGAGAUGUAGGACCCCUAAAUGGGACAGACAUGGAAAAACAGUGGGGAGAGAUAGAGGAAUUUCUAAGAGUGAUGCUGACAUUCAACUGAAAAUUGUUUCCAAAAUGUAAAUAAUAGCAUAAUAGCAGCAAAUACAUACAGAGACUACUGUCAGGGAUCGUUCUAAGUGUUUUACACAUUAACUUAAUUAGCUAUGCAGUAGUGCGGAUUAUUGUUCUUAAUUAUUCACCCCCCACCCUGCCUCUGAGAACUCUCCAAUGGGCAGAAAAGGUAUCACGGAACAGCAGAGAAGCAGGCUGAAGUUUGGACUGGUUUUGGAAGUAGGUACGAUGCAAACUCUCUUUUCUAGCUAAAAGUGACCCUUGAAGGGCGUGUAUGGAAAGGCCAGAUUCAGCUACUACAUAAGAUGGGAAUGUGAGCCACUCUAUUUGGAUAUUACAGGAUAUACCAAACGGGAGGAAAUUGGGGGCCAGCAUAUGGCAGACACCAGCCCUGAGCACUGAGGAUGUAGUAAGCAGGAGUGGGCCCAGAAGAUACGAAGGGGAAGGGAACUCAGUAAGGAUCAGACACUUCCGUAAUGUUGGGAGGCUGGGAGGCAGGACUGGAAUCCCUCAUUCCCACCAAUGACCAACAUGUCAAGUCAUUUUUGAGGGUCUGGCUCAAGAAAGCAGAUCUACCUUGCCCUGGCCUCGCCCAGCUGCCAAGCACAUCCACUGUGAGCCAGAUGCUUAGAAUGACUUGGGUCCAGAGGACCUGGAGAGGGACCUGCAAGAGGCUUCCUGGGUGGGCGGUAAAGCCUGCGCCCUGAAUCAUCCUUCUGACAUUUACAAAGUCCCUAACCAGCCCUGGCCCCACCGCUGCUCCCUGGUUUCCUGCCCUGAGUGCCACAAAGGACCAGGAAAUAGUGGGGGGGAAGGUGGGGGGCGGUGAGCAGUACAAAGACAAGAGGGAAGAGGAAAGAAGCAGAACUUCAUGACUAAUAAAAUCUUUACAUCUGAUUUUUUAGAAGGAAAUUGAAUUCUGGUGGGGAAAGCAGGCACCACGGUCAGUGAGGCCGGAAUAAAAAUUUACCUGGAACCUACAGAAGGGAAAGAGGCUGCAUUCAUUUGGAAGGGACAAAGUCCAUGGGAAUUGCCCACAGAUGCUGGGUCCCCUAAGUGCCUCCAUACUGCGGCCUAACACCUGGUCCCUAACAUUCUCAGCAGCCACUACGAAGGCUGGACAAAAGGAGGCUUUCACUGCCCUGACUCAGUUAGGCCUCCCUCAGUAUCCAGGGUACCCAGGGUCCUAAUCCUGCCAUGUUUGAUAUGAGGUUGGGGGUGGAGGUGAGGGGGCAAGUCUUUCAGCUGUUACUUUUCCAGGUUUUAGGCAGCCUGGGGCACCUCUGGGCAUUUAUUGAAGGACUGGGCUCAAAUGAGCUAUAAAUCAGCAACCGGAGACUUACUGGGCUGCACUGGGUGCAGAGCAGGACAUGCCGCAUGGGCCCAGCCCAGCCUAGCAGGCCGGCCUUCCAGGGCCCAGCCCACGGUCUUUCCCAGGUCCCAGCCCAGAAAAGCGGAGGCUUUCUCCUGCGUUUGGGAGACUGACUCACCUCCUCUUCCUCCUAGCUCUCCGAAAGGCCGGGAGACCUCUGGAAGUGUCCUCAUCCUGCUCCCUUCAACCCCGAGGCGCCUGGCCGCAGGCCUCCCCCGGAGGUCCAGAGAAACCCCGGCGCCUCCAUGCUCUCGGCCUCACCCAGGCGGGGGUCCCUUCAUCGCCCCGCAGCUCCGCUCGGCCCGGGAGGGACAGCCCUCCCCCACAACCGGCUCUGCGGCUCGCAGGUUCGGGCUAGCCUGGGGCGGGGCCUGGGAGCGUCUGAAAGUGGUGAGGAGGGCGGGGACGCGGGCCCCUCUUUAAAGGCCCGGGACCCGAGGCGCCUCGAUACCGGCCGGCGACGCCGAGAAGCGCGCCCCAUCCGGCUCCCUUCGCCUAAGCCGCCGGGGCUGCCAUGGGCCGCUACCGCAUCCGCGUGGCCACCGGGGCCGCACUCUUCGCCGGGUCGCACCACCGCGUGCAGCUGUGGCUGGUCGGCGCGCGCGGCGAGACGGAGCUGGAGCUGCAGCUGUUGCCGGCGCGGGGCCAGCCUGCCUGGCAGGAAACAACGCAUUGGAUGUGUUCCAGAAACAUCGAGAGAAGGAACUGAAAGAAAGACGUCAGAUAUACUGGUGACCACCCACCUACAGGGCCUCUCAGUGGUACCCCCUAUCACUGACCUGGACACCCUCCCUGAAGCCUUGUCCCCAUCUCCUAGCUGGGCCACAUGGAAGGAAGGGUUACCCCUGACAAUAGCUGCAGGCUGUGAGGACGAUCUACCUGCAAAUAUGAGAUUCCACGAGGAGAAGAGGCUGGACUUUGAGUGGACACUGAAGGCAGGGACUCUGAAGAUGGCCCUCAAACACGUUUACACCCUCCUGCGCUCCUGGAACCGCUUGGAGGAUUUUGAUCACAUCUUCUGGGGCCAGAAGAGUACCCUGUCUGAGAAGGUUCGCCAGCGCUGGCAGGACGAUGAAUUGUUUGGCUACCAGUUCCUCAACGGCAGCAACCCCAUGCUGUUGAGACGCUGCACCUCUCUGCCCUCCCGGCUAGUGCUGCCCUCGGGGAUGGAAGAGCUACGGGCCCAGCUGGAGGAAGAACUCCAGCGCAGUUCCCUGUUUGAGGCUGAUUUCAUUCUCCUGGAUGGAAUUCCAGCCAACGUGAUCCGAGGAGAGAAGCAGUACCUGGCUGCCCCCCUCGUCAUGCUGAAGAUGGACACCAGGGGGAAGCUGCUACCCGUGGUCAUCCAGAUCCAGCCUCCCAGCCCCAGCUCCCCGACCCCACCACUGUUUCUGCCCUCAGAUCCCCCACUUGCCUGGCUCCUGGCAAAGUCCUGGGUCCGAAAUUCAGAUUUCCAACUGCACCAGCUCCAAUAUCAUCUGCUGAACACCCACCUGCUGGCUGAGGUCAUUGCUGUGGCCACCAUGAGGUGCCUCCCGGGGCUGCACCCGGUCUUCAAGCUCCUGACCCCACACAUCCGCUACACGAUGGAAAUCAACACCCGGGGACGGACCCAACUCCUCUCAGAUGGAGGUAUAUUUGAUAAGGCAGUGAGCACCGGAGGAGGGGGCCACGUGCACGUGCUCCGCCGGGCCCUGGCUCAGCUGACCUACUGUUCCCUCUGUCCUCCCAACAAUCUGGCUGACCGCGGCCUGCUGGGAAUCCCAGGUGCUCUCUAUGCCUGCGAUGCUUUACGGCUCUGGGAGAUCACUGCCCGGUACGUGGCGGGGACCAUCCACCUUUUCUACCGCGGGGAUGACGUCGUGAGAGGGGACCCUGAGCUGCAGGCCUGGUGUCGGGAGAUCACGGAGGUGGGGCUGUGCCAGGCCCAGAACCGAGGUUUCCCCAUCUCCUUCCAGUCCCAGAAUCAGCUCUGCCAUUUCCUUACCAUGUGUGUCUUCACGUGCACUGCUCAGCAUGGGGCCAUCAACCAGGGCCAGCUGGACUGGUAUGCCUGGGUCCCUAAUGCCCCAUGCACAAUGCGGAUGCCCCCACCUACCACCAAGGAAGAUGUGACAAUGGCCACGGUGAUGGGCUCACUACCUGAUGUCCGCCAGGCCUGUCUUCAAAUGGCCAUCACGUGGCAUCUGGGGCGCCGCCAGCCAGACAUGGUGCCUCUGGGGCAUCAUAAAGAAAAGUAUUUCUCAGACCCCAAGGUCAAGUCUGUACUAAACCAAUUCCAAACAGAUCUGGAAAACUUGGAAAGGGAGAUUACAGACCGGAAUGAGCAACUUGACCUGCCCUAUGAAUACCUAAAGCCCAGCCUCAUAGAGAACAGCAUCACUAUCUGACCUCUGGGGCGCCCCCACCAGGAAGACUGCAGAUCAGCUCUGGGACUGACAGUUCCAUAUUGAGUUUCACGGUUUCCUGGUCUCUGCUGCAGAGGCUCUAUUUCCUCCCCCAAUUAAACCCCCUACAUCUGCAUCUCAUGAGCCCAAGGGCCUUUACUUUUCUGUAAAGGGCCUGAUAAUAUGUUAGGCUUUGUAGGCCACGCAGUCUGUCACAGCUACUCAACUCUUUUGUUGUAGCACAGAAGCAGCCACAGGCAACGUGUAAAUGAAUGCUGUGUUCCAAUAAAACUUUAUUUAUGGUGAGUGAAAUAUGAACUUC